AAGACAAGAACCACUGUAUGACCUUAAAUGUCUCUCAUAUUCAUCCCCUUCUUUAUGUCUACCCUAGUCAGGCCCUCAUUAUCUCUAACUUGGACAACUUCAGGAGUCUAUUAACUGGUCUCCCUACCCCUGAUCUAGCUUUUCUUUAAUCCAUGCUCAACACUGCUGGCAGUGGUAGUUCUGUUUAAUGCCUGGCUUAACCCCUGCUUGCUUAAAACACUUCAAUAAAUUGCAGCUGCUUUGAGAAAAAGUCCAAAUGUUUUAGGAUCACAUGAAUUUGCCUCCUCCCUUCCUCUGUUCCCUUACUGCUUUGUAUCUAGUAGGCACUCCAUAAAUAUUGGUUGAGUGAAUGAGGGACUAUAUCAAACUCAGUCAAACAGAACCAAGAACAAGGGUUUAACCAAAGAAGUGCGGUCUGGCUGCAGGGACUUCCUAAGGCAAUGUAGCCACAGACGUCAGUGGAGCCAAAAGACUAGAAGUGUCUCUCUUGUCAAAUUGCUAAAGACAAAUGGUAAAGCUAAAAGGCAAGAAAAGCAACUGUCCUGGAUAGAGAAUUAGAUAAGUUUGGAUUAAAUAACCAAGAAAGAAAAACAGUUUUCCUUUUCUCAACCAAUUAAUUUGUUUGUCUCCCAUUUUUAAAAGCAUGCUGAUCCCAUUUUCAAAGAACUGCUUACAGUUAUUUUGUAACUUCAAGGUCCCAGCAACUGGCUUUAAAAACACAGUGAAAAGAGGGCUCAUUUUACAGUCAGUUUCCAAUGAUGUUUACCAAAAUCUGGCUCUGGAAGACUGGAUCCAUGACCAUGUGAACCUAGAAAGCAAGCCGAUUCUGUUAUUUUGGAGAAAUUCCCCCUCUGUUGUAAUUGGUAGGCAUCAAAAUCCUUGGCAGGAAUGCAACCUGAAUCUGAUGAGAGAAAAAGGUGUAAAACUGGCUCGGAGAAAAAGUGGAGGAGGCACAGUUUACCAUGACAUGGGCAAUAUCAAUUUGACUUUUUUUACGACCAAAAAAAUGUAUAAUAGGAUGGAAAAUCUAAAGUUAGUUGUGAGAGCUCUGAACGCUGUCCAACCCCAGCUGGAUGUGCAGCCUACCAAAAGGUUUGACCUUUUACUUGAUGGACAGUUUAAAAUCUCAGGAACAGCUUCGAAGAUUGGCCGGACGACUGCUUAUCACCAUUGCACUCUGUUAUAUAGUACUGAUGAGACCCUCUUGUCGUCUUUGCUCAAGAGCCCUUACCAAGGGAUCAAGAGCAAUGCAACUGCUAGCAUACCUGCCGUAGUAAAAAGUCUGUCGGAAAAAGACCCCACUCUGACCUGUGAAAUACUGACGGAUGCUAUUGCGGCAGAGUAUGCUGCUUGUCAUCACAUUGAGAAUCAGAUCAACUUGAUAAACCCAGCAGAUGAGACACGGUUUCCUGGAAUAAAUAGCAAAGCCAAAGAACUACAAACUUGGGAAUGGAUCUACGGCAAAACUCCGAAGUUCAGUAUAAUAACUUCCUUUAAUGUGUUACAUGAACAGUCACUCUUGGAAAUUAAAGUACUCAUAGAUAUAAAGAAGGGGAGAAUUGAAAUCUGUAACAUUGAAGCCCCUGAUCAUUGGUUGCCACGGAAAAUAUGUGACAAAUUAAAUUCAACUUUUAUUGGCAGUAAGUUCUGCCCAAUUGAAACUACUAUGCUAACAAAUGUCUUACAUGAAACAUGUCCGGAAGACGAUGAAGUACACAGUAAAUGGAAUAUUGUCUGUGAAAAAAUUAAGGGAAUAAUGUGACUGCAAGUAAAGUUAAUAUUGGCACGUUCAGUGAGAAAAUAAAAAUUUUCAAUGUGCAUUGUGUGUC